UCACUCACUAUAAAUACCCCCCCCCCCCUCCCACUCACCCUCAUCGACCAUCCCCAUCCAUCAAACCAUCACUCAAACACCAAGAACCACUCACAACCACACAAACAACUCCACACCCUCACCAUCAUGCCACCCAAAUCUACCACCGCCGAGAAGAAGCCCGCCUCAACCGCCUCCAAGGCCCCUGCCAGCAAGGCCACCAGCUCGGCUGCUCCGGCUGACAAGAAGACUGCCAAGAAGUCAACAAAACCUGUCGAUGGCGAGAAGAAGAAGCGAAAAAAGAAACGUAACGAGACCUACGGUAUCUACAUCUACAAGGUCCUCAAACAGGUCCACCCCGACACUGGUAUCUCAAACAAGGCUAUGUUGAUCAUGAACUCCUUCGUCAACGACAUAUUUGAACGGAUCGCCACCGAGGCCUCCAAGUUGGCCCUCUACAACAAGAAAUCCACCAUCUCAUCCCGAGAGAUUCAAACCGCUGUCCGACUCAUCCUCCCUGGAGAGCUCUCCAAGCACGCCAUCUCGGAAGGAACUAAGGGUGUCACAAAAUACACAUCCUCAAAGUGAUCGCUUUCGAUCGUUCCUCUCC